UUUGCUAGGGUUCGAAUCAGAUAAUCUGCAACAAACAAAAAUGGCUUUCGCUGGUCGUAUCAGAUCCGGGAUCUCCUUCUUCAAGACCAUCGCCGUCUCAGAGUCCGUCUCCUCUGCCAGAUCUUUUCCCAGUGGACGCCCGCUUAUCCCAGCGUUAAGAGAUUAUGCAACAGCUUCAGCUCAGAAAAAUGUUAAGGUGCCUGUGGCUUUAGUUGGUGAAUCUGGGAACUUUGCUUCAUGGCUAUACAUUGCAGCUGUGAAAAUGAAUUCAUUGGAAAAGAUUGAGUCUGAUCUUUCUGAGCUUGUUGAGGCUAUGAAGACAAGCCCUACUUUCUCACAGUUUACUAAGGAUCCUUCUGUUCCUAGAGAGACAAGACUGGCUGCUAUUGUGGAUGUUUGUGAUAAAGCAAAGUUUGCUGAACCCACCAAGAACUUCCUCUCUUUGUUAGCUGAGAAUGGGAAGCUGAAGAACCUAGACGUGAUUGUGAAAAAGUUCAUGCAGCUGACAACAGCACAUAGAGGAGACGUCAAAGUCUUGGUUACCACCGUCAUGCCACUUCCCCCUGCUGAGGAGAAGGAACUUAGGGAAACACUUCAAGAGAUCAUUGGAGAAGGGAAGAAAGUAACUGUGGAACAGAAGAUUGAUCCGAGUAUCUAUGGAGGAUUAAUAGUAGAGUUUCAACAAAAGGUGUUGGACAUGUCAAUCAGGACAAGAGCACAGCAGAUGGAGAGGCUCCUCCGUGAACCUGUUGACUUCACCAACCUUUAAAAAAAAUCUCGAGAGUUUUUCCUUAAAAACAUGUUUGUGAUGCUGCAACCCAGUUGACAAAAAUAAACAUAUGAAACCCUCCACCUGGGGAAACAAUACAUUGUCUUUUUUGAAAAUUUGUCAUUGCAUUUGUUUCGAAUUUGUUGUUUUUGCUUCGAAAUAAGCUUUUGGAGAGAUUAUUUUACAUUUGACUAUUUGAGAGAAUAAAGAAGUCAAUUUGGUAA